AUGGGGCUGGCUUACAAUACCUACCUUAGCAGCAGCAAGAUCUACGGCUGCAAGACAUGUAAAGCACACCUGGCUAAUCAUGAAGAUAUCAUAAGUCGGAACUUCCGCGGACAGCACGGGAAGGCCUACCUCUUCCACAGCGUCGUCAAUAUCGAGACGGGUCCUCCUAACGAGCGUAACAUGACGACUGGACGGCACGUUGUCCGCGAUAUCACAUGUCGCCAGUGCAAGGAAACUGUUGGGUGGAAAUACGAUAAGGCCUACGAGUCAUCCGAAAAGUACAAAGAGGGCAAGUUCAUUCUUGAAGCCGAGUUGCUUUGCAAUGUCACUUGA